UAAACUUAAACUUGUCAUAAUGAAUCUUUUUUUAAUUAAUUUACUAUCACUGUUAUUAUCGUGCAUUGGAUUGAGUGCUCUUAAUAUUUUUUCUCAAUUACCAAUCGGUCCAUAUAAUAUUGUCUUCAAAGAGAUUGGCGAUUGCAGUUCUCCGCGAAAUUAUAAAAUACGGCAUUAUUUAUACCUGAGUCGUAAUCAAAAAGCCAAUGCGACUUAUAUCAAAGGAUACUCAAACUUCAGCGUUCCAUUUGACGACUCUUUAUUUUUGGAAAUUAAUUUUUCUAUCAAAGAUACAGAUGGAACUUGGAAAAACAAUACUUUUUUCCAUAAAUCGCCUAAAGCUUGCACGGCAUUCAAGAAUUUAAUGGGAGCUUCAUGGACCCCUAUGAUGAACGGAUUAAUAGGACAUAAGAAUACCACAUGUCCUAUACCUCCGGGCAUAUACACAGCUUCUGGCAUGGAUACAUCAUUAAUAAAGGACUCAAAUUUUCCAAAAGCAUUUGUUUACGGAACAUACAAAGUUCUAAUUUAUUAUACAUUAAAAAAAGUAAUGUAUGGCUGCUAUUCUUUUGUUGUAGAAAUUAAACCUAUUUAAUGUAUAAUUUCUCAAUAUUUAUGUAAUAUUUUAAACUUAUAAAUUAUAACCCAGUAUCA